AUGUCUGCAUUGGUUUCCUCAGGCUAUGGCAACAGCACUGGGGGCCUCAGCGACAGAACCUGGCCGUCUCACAGCUCUGUAGGCUGGGAGUCCAAGAUCGAGGUUCUGGCAGGGUUGCUUCCUCCUGAGCAGGGAGGGGAAGCUGCCCCAGGCCCUCCCCCAGCCGCUGGGUGUUUGCUGGGCAUCCUUGGUGUCCCCUGGGUAGUGGAAGCACGCCUCAGUCCCUUCCCGCAUCUUCACGUGAUGUCCUCCGAGUGUCUCUGUGUGUGUGUGUUCAUGCAAGCAAAUCGCUCCCUUUUUAAGGGAAUGCUUUUAUUUAUUUGGCUGUGCCACAUCUAG